AUGCUUGUAAAAAAUGUAGAUACAAAUAACGUGUUACAAAUAAAAAUAGGAAGUGUGAGUUGAAUGUUUCAACUAAAAGAUUAAAAUUGGAUAAAUCGUAAUUUCAUUCUAGCUGUUCUUUAACAACAUUUACAAGGAUUUAAUUGUCUUCUCAAGUGAAAGUUCUUUCAGCCCCACGAACUCCUGGACCAUGUUGCUAUAUUCCUUAGCUAUUUGGUAGCUGAAGCUCUUUUCAUGUACAGUAAUGGACAUAAGUAUACUAAGUGACAUGUAAAUCCGAACACCCAGUUUAAAUGGUUUUAUUUUAAUAAAAGUUGGUGAAUGUAUUUAUCUUACUGUAAAUAACAAGUGAAAAAAUUUUCAGCCUUAUCAGUUGGACAUUCCAGUUUUUAUACUGCUUUUUUUUAAUUCACUAACGCUCUAAAAAUGAAUAUUUCAGCCGCAGUAAAGAAUCAACGUUGGCGGAUUUUGGUUCUUGACAUCCUUUACGAUCGGUUACGAUGCCUAGAGUACGGAGACCUGCACGAUUUCGUCAACUUAGUGAGUUUGAUAGGGGCCGUAUAGUGGGACUUCGGGAAGCUGGACUUUCUUUUCGGGCAAUUGCAGUUAGAGUGCAAAGAACUGUAGACACUGUGGUUAGGUGUGUUAGGUGUUGUCAUUACGUUGAUUGGUUGGUUGGUGGUUGCCUGGAAUGAGAUACCACAGGAGGACAUUGACCACCUGAUCAGAAGCAUGUCUAGGCGCGUUGGAGAAUACGUAGCACAUCAGGGUGCAUUCACAGAUUAUUUAAGGUCAAAGGGCUUUAAAGCAGUGCAAUCAUUUUGAAAUUUUUAUCAUUUACUUAUUAUGCUUCAUUAAGUACUUAUACAAAAUUUUAUUAAAAUAAAACCAUUUAAACUGGGUGUUUGCAUUUAUAUGUCACUUAGUAUAUAUAGACAAAUAUGAAUAUUUAACUAAAUACCUUUAGAAAACGAAUUCUUACUUCAUUGCUCCAUAAACAAAUACGUUAUUAGUAGAAAAACUAAAUUCCUUGUUUUUACAUUAUAUGCAAUGAACACAAUACAAGUCUGAAUAUAUAUUUAUGAGGGACAAAAAUAUGUAGACAAAUUCUUUUCAACAUUAGUUUAGUACAUUUUCGUGUCAGGAGAGGAUUGGUUUGUGUCCAUCAAGUAUUGUGGAAUGAGGUGAGUGAUUUUAAGACCAUGUCGGGUGGUCCAGAAAUUUCUUUCGAUGUGAAAACUGAGAUCAUUUAGUUAUGCAAAGAUGGUCAACGUCAAGUCGACAUUGCCAAAGCUUUGAAGCUGAAGCGUAAAUGCCGUUUGGGCAAUGCUGAACAAAUAUAAACAUUUGUUUAAAUAGCUUUCCAGACGUUUCCGCGUAGAUAGUGUAAUUGUUUCUUGAUUGAAACUAUUUAAUAAACUUUACUCGUAUGUCUCCACUCAUAUUAUUCUGAGGUAUAAGAUCUUCUGCAACUUGUUUUUAAUUUUUUUCUCACUACUUUUAUAAUUUAUUAUUUCAACUCCUGGAUUUAACAUUUUCGGCUCAGUAACAUGGUAUUUUUCAUUGAAUUUAUUUUGUUCAUCUUUCAGUUCAUUAUGAUUUGAUUCAUCAACUUUCAUAUCCAUUCCGACAUUUUUUGGGUUUCUCACACUUUCUAUGUAAAUGUUCAGAGAUGAAAGAUUUAUUUUCAUACUCGACUCUCUUCUCGUGUCAUCGCAAUAUUGCUUUUCUUUAGGAACAGCGAUUGCCUUAUAUAUAGGUAUUGUUUGUUUUAGAAUUUGUGCGUAUGACUUUACUUUUACUAACUGGUUUUUCUCAACUUCGUCGAGUCUCAUGCUAAUUCUAUCUAAUGCUGAUGCUAUGGCAUCCUUCUCAGUAAUACUUGCGGUUUCUGAUAGCUGUUGUUGUUUUAGUUUUAAAUUUUCAUUAUUGAGCUGACGAAUUAUUUCCUCCUUUCCGCUAGUGCUUUCUUCAGGGAUCAAUUCUCUUCUAACAUCUUUUUUACGUUAGUCGAAACAGGUCGAUUUUUUUUCAUCUGAGAUGCAGUUCUUUUCAUUCUUGGGAUUUUCUUGUUGCUCUUCUUCUUCCCUCUUCUUUUUGCGGGUCAUGACACUCUGUAUAGUUAUUUCUUGUGUAGUAUGAAUCAGGAAGAACAAACUGUCAACUUUUCAAUUUUACGUCACUCCGAGGUUAUAUAAAUAUGGCCGAAAACGACUGGAAAUUGUAAAAGCCGCUGCACCGAUAUAUCCAGACCCGUAUUUUAUCCUUAUAAAUGGAACCUCUUCGCUAAAAGGUUAUUUCGUGGACUGUGUACCAACCAAAUUCUUGACAAGGUAGGACGAUAUCGUUUGCUUGUUUAUUACUUUGCUAUCUAUAAUCUACAAUGGUUUCAGUGAUGAGGGGAUACAAAGUGUACCGCUAGUCCAAGGGUCAUCCAAAGGUUACCAAACAUGCCAAAAAAGCAUUCAUAUGAUGCAAAUUUGAUGGAAUUAGCAAUUCAGGAAGUUAGAAAUAGUAACAUGUCUUACAGAGCUGCAGCUAAUAAAUAUGGGAUUCCAAAAUCCACAUUACAAUUCAAAAUAAAAAAUGCAGGUCAUAACAAUACAUGCGGCUCAUCUCCAGUACUUCAGACAAAAGAAGAAUAUGAACUUGUUGAGCGGAUAAAAGAGCUUGCGUCCCGUAGAUUUCCGAGAAAAAAGGAUGACAUAAUGCAUAGCGUCCAAAAAUGUUUAAUUGAAAAUCCACGCCGUAAUCCAUUCAACAACAAUAGACCAGGAGAGUUUUGGUUCAAAGCAUUUCUAAAAAGAUAGCCAUCUAUUAGACAACGAACAAGCGAACCAGUCAGUGCGGCAAGUGCUUGUGUAGUAGUAGUAGUCCAUUAUUUAGAAAAAAAAGUCCUAAUUUCAACAACAACAACAACUGGUAGCAUUACAGCAUUUCACAAGUACAUACAUAUUUAUUCAAAUAUAAUAAAUUUAACAAAUUCUG